UGGAUAAAGCUGAAAAACAGCACGUGCGCCUCUUGACUGGAAGACAAAGAGCGAAUUGAACUGUUUUCCGGCUUGUCUGCUCACCGGGUCCGCUCUGGGUAAGAUGGCAGAGGUCGGUCAGAGGCUGGGCAGCGGGGUUUACCGGCUGACAGCUCUCAGAAACAGCCAGAGUAGACCGGUCUGCUCUGGAGAACGUCCCGGAUCCCUGCUGGUCACCUGCACCGUGACUGACAGCCGGAUAAAAGAGGAGUCUGCUCCGGAUGAUCACCCAGAGUCAAAAAGAGCAACACGACGCAAAUCAGAGAAACUUUACAGAGUGAGAAAAGGUAAAAGUGGACAGCUAAAUGGGACCUUCGGCUCUUUGGACCUGGAUUGCCCUCGUUUUAUUGGAUUUGUUAAAACCAGAGAGAGCUUGCAGGACUAUAAGGCUACUCUGUACCUUUCAUCAACAAGACUGCCUCCUCUCCUGCAGGAGACCCUGGUGCCUGUCAGGAUGACACCAUGGACCAGAGGAGCUGUCUCCAACCACCCUGAUGCCUUCAGGUCCCCUCAGCAGCUCCGAGCUUUCUGCAUGGUGGUCUUCAUCCUGGCAGAGCAGGGAUCAGGGCAGACCAGAUGUGGACUGAGGCGUCUGAACCUACAUCCUAGUACUCUGCCCUCAUCCACAACAGUGAGAGGCUACAGCUGGAGGGCUGGUGGCACCUCAGGAGAUGGUCUUCUGCUGUACAAAAGCAGGACGGCCUAUUAUGACAUCCUCAAAGUGACCCCCAAUGCCACUCAGUCCCAGAUCAAGACUGCUUACUACAAGCAGUCCUUCAUCUACCACCCUGACAAGAACCCGGGAAACAAAGAGGCCACGCAGCGCUUCUCUGAGAUCAGCGAAGCCUACACGGUCCUGGGCAACAUCAGCCUGAGGAGGAAGUACGACCGGGGCAUCCUGAGCCAGUCAGACGUCCAAAAUGCAGGAAGGCCCUCCUCCAAAGAGGCCUCAAGUAAAUCCUCAGGAUCUCCACAGCAGCAGCAGCAGCAGCAGCAGCAUCAACAGAGGUCCAGGAGGUUCUCCCAAGCUGGGGGAAAGACCAUGUUUGAUUUUGAUGCCUUUUAUCAGGCUCACUAUGGGGAGCAGCUGCAGAGAGAGAGGGAACUGAAAGCCAGGAAGCAGCGCAUGCAGGAGAAGCAGAAGGAGAACUACAGAAAGUGGGCAGAUGGUAAACUAAUGGAGAUGACUGUGAUGGUGAUGCUGGUCACUGGAGGGCUGCUUUUAGUCAAUAUCACCAAGUCCUGAAAUAGAAGCAGCAGCAGCAACCGGACGCUUCCCCUUCUGGGGUUACAUGUCAGGACUCCCAGGGCGAAGGAGGUGGAGGUGUUAGGGGUGCUACCUUGGACUGUUUUUGCAAGUGUUUGCACAGUUUCUGACAGUUGAAGGUGAUGAUUAUUUUAGUGUGUUGCAGACAUAAAUAUAAUGCCUGCUUACUGAGUCCCAAGCCAUAGGUAGGCUUAUGUUUCAUUAAAAUAAUCCACACACAUGACGAUUAAAUGAGCAACUGAACACAAAAUGUCUUUGUGUAUAUACACACCAACACUUACCUGGAAAUGAAUGCUGGAUCAAAAACAGUCAUUUCAAGUAGAAACUGGAAAUGUGGGAUUAUUUAUUGCUGCAAAGUUUUCAGCAUGUUGCUCUUCCAAAGAUCUCAAAAGCACCUGAUGUAAGAAAUGUUUCACAAUUGAAGGCUUUGUAACAUUUUCAGCUGAAAUAAUUAAUAGAUGAGUCCCUUGACAGAAAAUGAAUAAGCAGCUAUUUUGGUCAUUUUUCACAAUUUAAUUGGCUCUAGCGUCUAAGUUGUGACGAUUAACUCCUUCUUUUUGUUUCGUGUGAUAGCAAACUGAAUAUUUUGAGGAUUUAGACUGUUGAGCAAAAGAUGCUAUCUGAAGUCAUCACCUCGGGACUUUAGAAAACUGUAAUGGGCAUUUCUUUGCCAUUUUUUGAGAUUUUAUAACCAAACAAUUAACCGAUCAGUUGAGAAAAUAGUCAGAAGAUGAAUCAAUAAUGAAAACCUAAUCAAAUUAGAUGCAGCCUUAAACAUUUCAUUCAUUAUAAAACUGUUUUAAAGACUGUUAUACUUGAAUGUUCAUGCUGGUGUCAGAGUCACAUCAUCACAGAAGUGUGAAGCUUUAUGUGUUUUCAGAUGUAACAAAACCUGAAAACAUUUGUGUACAUUGGAGGUUCAGUCUUUGUACACCAACAGUUUGUUUUGUCAUUUCUAAAGAUGUACUGUGACCCAUGUCAUUUAUUUAGCUUUAUUAUUAAGUCAGAAGCCAAACAACUUUUGACAACUUAAAAGGGUAUUUGUCCAUCCAAAGACUGCGAGUGGAAAAACGGAUGGAACAAAUGUAAUUAUUAAUGCUGAACGAUCCACAAUUCCUCUUUAACUAUACACUGGCUCUGUAAUGUAGAAAAUGACUUUGAAGUGUAGAGUUAUAAUUUAUUAGAAUAUUGGUGCAGAUUGCAGGUGCUGAAAUGUGUAUAUGUGUAUGUAUUGUACAUAUGGGAUGGUACAUUAUGUAAUGUGUCAUAA